AUGCACCAAUUAUCUAAAUUACCAUUUGAAACAUUUUCAAUUUUACUUAAAGAUUCAUCAAAUGAUUUAUUAGAUGAAAUUUUACAUUCAAGUAUUCUACUUUUAUUACUUUCAUGUUUAUCAUCAAUAACACAUCAUCCAGAUCGGAAACAAAAAGAUUUAAUAUCUACAUCAUUAUCUAUUCCAUCAACAACAACAACAACAAUAAAUAAUACAGCAAUACUUAGGGUUGACCAAAAGUUCGUAGAACGGUAUUGA